AUGUCGUGUACUCUCAAUUCUAAUUUAUCACAGCAAAUUCAAUUAGAUGAAACACCAUCAGAACGUAAUCUAUGGGAGUCUCUAUCAGACAUAUAUGCUAUUAUUAGAUGUCUUGAAUUUGUUGAAAAAGCAUAUUUGCGAGAUAUUCUUAAACCAGAACAAUAUACGCCUAUAUGUGCACGUUUGAUUACACAGUUUAAAACAAUACUUAAAUCACCGUUUGUUGCAGAAGCAUUUGAUUCACUUGAUGCAUUCUGUGCUACUUAUAAGAUUUCCUGUUUUCAUGCUGUUUACAGACUUAAACUUGGAAUUCCAGUAACAAUGGAGCAUAGUACACGGGAUAUUACACAACUUCAUGUCCAGUCUCAGCAAACAGUGCCAGGAAAACAAGUAGCAGAAGUGGUUCAUAAUUUUAUUACAUUUAUGGAUGCCUUACGGCUUAAGUAUACAGCAAAAGAUCAACUACAUCCUCUUUUGUCUGAGCUAGCGGUGUCUUUAAAUGCAGCAACACAUGAAACAUUUGAAGGACGCGGUAUAAUUCUCCGUUGGUUAAUUCUUUUAAACAAUAUGGGAGUUACAGACGAGAUUACUGCACAACAAAGUCGUGAAAUGCUUUUUGAUAUCGAGAGUGUGUAUAAUGAGUUUUACAAAAGCUUGAGUAUGUGA